AUGAACAGGUACCCCGAGCACCGUCACCACCAGGCUCCGGCCCACUAUCACCAUCAGCGGUACCCUUCCCCCCCAUCCUCUUCUUCCUCCUCUUACAACCACCACCACCACCACCCGGCUUUGUACCACCCUUACAAGCCCCGCUCGGUACCCCACCCAGUCGCGUCAACUCCUCGACUCCCCACGCCUACGCGUCACUCUCGAGUCCUCCCUCCCCUCGAAUCCCUCACCAAGGGCCCUCCCCCUCUGACUCGCAACUCGGGUCCUCGCACAGUUGAACGCCACAGCGCGCGCUUGUCUGAUCUCAACAAGUACUCGUACUCUCGCAGCGUCUCUCCCACCGACCCUUACCAAACCCCCGAGUCUGCUUCCCGCCGGUCCUCCGCCCAUUACAUUAAGCAAGAGCCGCGCAACUACACUCCCUCUGGCCACCGCCGCUCGUUUGACGACGACAUCAUCCUCCCUCUCACACCUGUAUCAAACAAGUUUGACUCGCCCACCAUGGCCGCUAUCGACCCCCGCGACCGCGCGCUUGACCGCAUGCCCAACCUCCAAAUCUCAGACCGUGACCAAAAGCCCCGGAGUCGCUUCGACGACUAUGAAGACAUUCCUUACAGCAGCAUGUCAGCCGCUGAGCGUCGUCUUCUCCAGACUGUCCCCGUUCAGCACCCCCGCCCUAUUGCCGCGUACCCAGUGUCGUACAACUGGCCUGUUGAGGGCAUGAACACCGACUCUGCCGAGGUCAAGCGUGACGGUGCGAUCGCCAUGGACCCCGCACUCUCGUCGGUCCGCUCGUCGGCCGAGGCUGUUGCCGCUGUGGCUGCUGCGGCCGCUGCCGCUGGUGAAGCCGCUGCUGCUGUCCAUGCCGUCGGUGCCGUCGGUGCUCCCGAGCUCCGUCUCCCCGAGACUCUUGGUUCUGCAGCCGCGUCGCCGGCUAUUGAUGCCUCUGGCGAGGCUUCGGCGUCGCAGCUCAAGGACGACGACGGUCUUGCUCCUCCGGACAAGAAGGAGACUCCCUUCUCCCGCUCGCCCGAGCUCCGUGUGAGCCACAAGCUCGCCGAGCGAAAGCGUCGCAAGGAGAUGCGCGACCUCUUUGACGAGCUCCGCGAGGCGCUGCCUGCCGACCGCGGCAUGAAGGCUUCCAAGUGGGAGAUUCUUUCCAAGGCCGUCGACUACAUUGCCCACCUCAAGAGUCAGAUGAACGAGGCCAGCCGCACAAUCGAGAUGAUGCACCGCGACCUUGCCGCGGCACGUGGCGACAACCCCUCGACCACAUGGCCCACGUCGUACCCGCACUUUACUGGCAUCCCCCAGUAUGUCCCACCCCAUAACGCAAGUGCCGCCGCCGCAGUUGCUGCUGCUGCUGUUGCCACGGCCGCUGCACCUGCCCCCGCUGCUCCAGUGGCCGCCCAGGCUCCUGCUCCGGCCGUCGUUCCCGCUGCUGCUCAGCCUACUGCUGCCCAGCCCGCGGCUGUUCCUGCCGCCCCCAAGUCGUCCUAG